CGCCAAAAGUUCAAACAGAGAGUUUAUAAAGUACAACGAGAAUUGAACCAAAUCACAUAGUGGAAGAAGAAAAAAAAAAUUAUACACGAAAUGGAAGGAGAAGAUGAAAAAGGCGGCAAAAAUGUUACUGCAAUUCUCCAAAUUGACAUGCAUUGUUCUUGUGAAGGUUGCUCUGAAAAAGUUUUCAAAUGCGUUCACGAUUUGCAUGAUCUGAAUUCGUGGAUGAAGAUAGAGGAAAAUGGAGCGGUAUACAAGGUGACGAUGACAGGGAAAUUCGAUCCGUUGAAACUCCGGCAGAAAAUGGAGAGGAAAUUGAAGAAGAUCGUGAAAAUCAUUUCACCUAAACUGGAUAUUGAGGAAACUGAGAUCCAACAGAAGUAUAAAUGCAAUGAGACUAUUGCUGUGUAUAAACUUCCUCUGAACUGCGACGCAUGCAACGAGAAGAUUCACAAAAUUAUCACUCGAACAAGAGGAUGUAGGAAUGUGAAAAUGCAUUGGGAAAAGAAUUUGGUGACGGUAACUGGGACAAUUGAUGUGAAAUCCUUGGCCGAAUCUCUGAGAUAUCACCUGAGGAAAGACGUUGAAAUUUUGUCGGUGAAUAACGGCGGCGGCGGCGGAGGAGGCAUUUACUCGCCGGACUUUGAAUGCGUCAACCGGCGAUCAACAACUACAUGCAGAUCGGUGACCGGAGAUUAUCUUUAUCCCGCAACGGAGGCAUUCAGUGAUGAGAAUCCAAAUGCUUGCACUGUUCUCUGAACAAUUUUGGUAAGUGUGUAGAAACUUUUAGUAGUACUAGUAUAAUUGAUCCAUAAUUGCAAAUGCUCAAAUGAUUAAUUACUUAGUUUAGCAAAAUUAAUGCACCAAUAUGCUUAGAAUUAGAACUAA